AUGCAUCCGCCGAUCCAACUGGGAUCCGCUAACAGCGCUCCUUUCCAGUUGCGCCCAUCCCACUUCCCAUCUCCCCCAGCCAUCACCCUCCCAACGCCGCCCUGUGGCGCUGCGAGCCGAAGCUGUCACGCAUCCACCGCGCCUCCGCCCCUCCGCCCCGUCCCUCCGCCCACCGCGCGCCAACGUCUAUGCAGAUCCGCCUGCGCACCCGCCCAUUCUCGCCUCGCGCGCCCGCUUCCCCCGCUCGGCGGCUGUAGCGCGGCUGUGGCGGAUAGAGCAGACAGGAGAGGGCGCAGAGGGCGGGUUAGGGCUGGGAGUGGGUGGGCGGGCGUGGGGAAAGGGGAGCGCCAGCAGGGAUUCGAUUCGGAGGAAGGGUGGGCUUUAGAAGAGGAGAGGGAUGGAGAGGAAAGGGCGGAAGGAGAGGAGUGGGAAGGAGAAGAGGGGGAAGGAGAGGAAUGGGAAGGAGAGGAGGGGGAGGAUGAUAUGGUGGAGGGUGGAUCAGUGUCGUUGGAUAACGGGAGCGCCACUGCCGCUCACAGGCUGCCCUCGCCUGCUGUGGCUGUGCGCAACCUCGUGGAGCAGGCGCGCUUCGCCCACCUGUGCAGCAUCAUGUCGCGCAUGCACCACCGCCGCAAGGGCUACCCGUUUGGCUCGCUCGUUGACUUCGCCACCGACGACGAGGGCCAUCCCAUCUUCCUCCUCUCGCCUCUCUCCAUCCACACGCGCAACAUGCUUGCAGAUCCUCGAUGCACUCUUGUUGUUCAGAUUCCCGGAUGGAGUGGGCUUGCGAAUGCCCGUGCCACCAUAUUUGGAGACGUGUAUCCAGUGCCGCCUGCGCAGCAGCAGUGGGCGCAGCGCUUCUUUGCCCGCCGCCACCACCACGGCGCCGCGCAGAUGUGGGGCAACUUCAGCUACUACCGCAUGCAGCAGAUCUGCGACAUCUACUUUGUUGGUGGGUUUGGCACGGUGGCAUGGAUCGACGUGAAGGACUAUCUGGCUGCCACACCGGAUGCCAUCGUGCUGCAUGAUACUGAGGCCAUUCUGCAUGAGCUGAACGUACGGCUGGGAUCGGAUCUGAAGUGCCAGCUGGCGUCGAUCCUGCCGCAGCCGGUGGAUGAUGCACUGUUCAUCAGCAUCGAUGGCAAGGGGGUCGACAUCCGCGUGCGACACGGCGCCAAGUUUAAUGUGCAGCGGCUGUCCUUCAGUGCAUCAUCGGAGGUGCGAUCAACAGACGAGGCCGUGGCAGCGCUGCACGAGGUGCUACAACACGGAGUCACCCCGCUCUCCAAUGGCAUGCUGCAAUGA